CACAGUGUAUGGUUCUCUGCUAGGUAGCAACACCCUUCUCCGUUCCCUUUUGGACUGGACGAAAUUGCUAGUCACAAUGCUGGAUUUCCUGAAAUACCCGGUUCUCCUUUCUGUGGACAUCAACGUGAAUCUGGUAGUUUUGACGGUGCUAGGAUUAAUAAGCCGGCUGUGGGCCCUCUCCUACCCCCGAGCUGUAGUGUUUGAUGAGGUUUACUACGGGCAGUUCCUCUCUCUGUAUAUGAAGCGGAUCUUUUUUGUGGAUGACAGCGGCCCGCCGUUCGGUCACAUGCUUCUGGCAUUUGGAGGUUAUUUAGGUGGAUUUGAUGGCAAUUUCUUGUGGAACAGGAUUGGCGCGGAGUAUACCUCCAAUGUGCCCGUUUGGGUUCUGCGGCUGUUGCCAGCGAUGGCCGGUGCCUUGUGCAUCCCUCUGGCUUACCAAAUAUUGGUGGAGUUACAUUUCUCGCAUUUUGUUGCUCUAGGAGCUGCCUUGCUGCUUCUGUUCGAGAACUCCCUGAUCACACAGUCUAGAUUGAUGCUACUGGAAUCAAUCUUAAUCUUUUUCAUCCUUUUGGCUGUUUUAUCGUACCUGAAAUUCUACAACUCACAGAAACAGAGCUCUUUUUCUGCAAGAUGGUGGUUUUGGCUCUUGCUAGCCGGAUUUUGCUGUUCCUGUGCAGUUGGGGUGAAAUAUAUGGGCCUCUUCACUUACGUCCUGCUUUUAGCCAUUGCAGGAGUCCACUCAUGGCAACUGAUUGGCGAUCAGACCUUGGCCAAUGUUCCUCUGCUGUGCCACUUACUAGCCAGAGGGCUAGCGCUUGUGGUCAUCCCGGUAGCCACCUACCUGUCUUUCUUCUACAUCCACUUGGCUUUGCUGUAUCGCUCUGGGCCACACGACCAGAUUAUGAGCAGUGCUUUCCAAGCCAGCUUGGAGGGCGGGCUUGCUCGGAUCACUCAAGGCCAGCCCCUGGAAGUGGCGUACGGCUCCCAGAUCACUUUGCGAAACGUCUUGGGCAAACCCAUGCCUUGCUGGCUGCAUUCCCACAAAAACACUUACCCCAUCAGGUAUGAAAAUGGCCGUGGCAGUUCCCAUCAGCAGCAGGUGACGUGCUACCCUUUCAAGGACGUGAAUAAUUGGUGGAUUGUGAAGGAUCCCGGCACGCAGCAGCUGGUGGUGAGCAACCCUCCGCGACCUGUGAGGCACGGCAGCGUCGUGCAGUUGGUCCACGGGAUCACGACCCGCUACCUCAACACGCACGACGUUGCUGCCCCUCUGAGUCCUCACUCCCAAGAGGUUUCCUGUUACAUCGAUUAUAACAUAUCCAUGCCGGCUCAGAACCUCUGGAGAGUGGAAAUUGUGAACCGGGACUCCGAUACGGAUGUUUGGAAAACAAUCCUGUCUGAAGUAAGGCUUGUCCAUGUGAACACCUCAGCAGUGCUAAAGCUCAGCGGAGCAUCUUUGCCCGAGUGGGGUUAUCGGCAGCUGGAGAUUAUCGGGGAAAAGAUUUCCAAAGGCUACCACCAGAGCAUGCUGUGGAACGUGGAAGAGCACCGAUACGGGAAAAGCCACGAGCAGAAAGAGAGGGAGGUGGAGUUGCACUCGCCCACGCAGAUCAGCAUCAGCCAGAACCUCAGCUUCAUGGCCAAGUUCACAGAACUACAGUGGAAGAUACUAACUCUGAAAAAUGAGGAUACGGAGCAUAAAUACAGCUCUUCUCCCUUGGACUGGAUCACCAUGGACACCAACAUCGCCUACUGGUUCCACUCCACCUCCGGGGCCCAAAUUCACCUCCUGGGGAACAUCGUCACCUGGACCUCAGCCAACGUGGCAACGGUGGUGUACGUGGCUUUGCUCCUGUGGUACCUGCUGCGACGGCGACGGGGGAUCCGUGACAUCCCUGAAGAGGCGUGGCGGCAGUGGCUGCUGUCUGGAGGCCUCUGCGUGGGCGGCUGGGCCGUGAACUACCUCCCUUUCUUCCUGAUGGAGAAGACGGUCUUCCUCUACCACUACCUGCCUGCCGUCACUUUCCAGAUUCUUCUGAUCCCCAUCGUCCUGCAGCACACAAGUGACUACCUUUGCGGAUCCAAGCUCUCCAAGAGCAUGCACAGCGCCUUUGUGGUGGCCUGGAUCUCUUCCGUCUACUUUACCUACAACACCUUCCUCCCGCUCACCUAUGGCGAGCCUCCCCUCUCCAAAGCCGAGCUCCAGGACCGGCGGUGGAAGGACAGCUGGGACAUCCUGAUCAGGAAGCGCUCGCCCUGAGGGCGGUGGCAAGCCGUGCGGGUGGCCGAGAGCACUGGCCAAGCGAGGACUGCUCACGCCAGCAAGCAGAGGCGAGGCUGGAGCAGCGAGAGAGGAAAGGCAGGGAUGGAUCCAGUAGACCUUCACCCCCUUGUGCUGCCCCUGGAGUCUCAUUCAGACACCACCCUUCCUCGCUAAAAAAAAAACCCCAAAACGUUCUGUUGGAAUGCAAAACCGUCGUGCUCUUCGCGUUCUGCUGUAGCUUUCCCUCCUUGUACAUUUCCGCGGCAACACUUUCCAGGUUGAGGUGAGUAUCAAGACGUCCCCGGGCACUGCAGGAGCCUAGCACAGUUGAGCUCCCCACAAACAUGUUGGAAAGAGAGGCGAAAGCAGGCCCGGUGUGCCUUAUCAGCAUUGAACUGAGGAUGGUCUAAAAUCCGCCUUCCAACACUGCAGAUGGAAGGCGAGAGAUUGCAGACUGGCUGUCAGGGACCACGUCCUCCACCUUCGCAGGCUCUCCUGUUAAAGGAAGCCCCGUAUCAUUUUUAGAGGCGUCCGAGAAGUCCCUGAAACACAGCUGGAAAACCAGUUGCAUGAAUUAAAGAAGGACGAAGCAAUACGGCAGCCACAGAUUGGUGGCGUUUUUUUGACCAUCGAUCACCCAGCUGAUCUGCGUUGCCUGUUUUAAUUCUGCAACCUCUCCGACCCGUUUUGUCAAUGCUAUGGAAGGCCUCCGAAAACGUCCGUCUGCUCUCGUUUGCAAGAAGGCGUUGCAGACAGGUGUAUGGGGCUAUGUAUGCUGGGGGUUAGAGCACCUUGUUAAAGGUGCGAGCGUGUGUGUGUGGGAUGUGUGUGUGCGAUGAACAGGAGCGGCAAAUCUCCAAAGGAGCCUGUGUUUAAAAGAGGGAAUGUUUCCUUCUUGCGGAGGGCAUUAUUUUUUAAAAAAAUAUGGUAGGCCAACAGUCACUCAAGCAACUAGGCAAUUUGUCAAGAGGGCUUUCAUAAAGCCGAAGCGUUUCUUUUUGAUGGAUUUUGUCUAGUUUCUAUGCUCAGC